GCUGAUUGGACGUGCCGAUGGGAGCCACAUUUCCCCAAGCAUAUUGAUUGAAGAGCGCGCGCGGGAAAUUCAAAUCGGUCUUGGGUGGUGCUGAUAGGCCAAAACGCAUCGCUGCCGUAGUCAUCUGGAAGCAGUCGCUGUCGAACGGUGGAAUCAAACGGACGGAAGUAUAGCCCCGAGUGCCGUCUGGUUGUACGGAUUAUAGUUUCAAUAAAGAAACAAAGAAACAGGAAGUGAUUGGUUUUCGAUAAGUUUGAAAUUUGUGGCGGUGGUGGUGGUUGAGAAUUGAAUUAUUUAUCUCCGGUGGGAAAACGUUAUUUCCCGAUUUUUCCACCAUUCGAUUCGGGAAGUGAAUUAUUCGUUUCGUACCCGGUACCAUACGUUCACGUGGCGAGGAGAACAAAACAAUUUCCGGAAAUGAAAUGAAUAAAGUGCUUUUGUGGUGGCGUUUCCCGGGAAAUGGAAGCAAUUUUUGAUGGGUCUUUCGAGGAAAAGCAGCUCAUGUGCAAAAAGUGCUAAAGUGCAAAGUUGACGACAAGUGGAAUGCCAGAUGAUAGGAAGUUUAAAUUGAAUUGAGUGAGAGUGUGCCAAAAAAAUAAAGGUUCUGUCGCUGUUGAAGAUUUGGGAAAGUGCAAGCGAAAUCCAGGACCCAGUUCUCUGUCCCUCAUUUGGCAUGCAGAUGCGGAAAUCAGUUCAAACCCAGCCAACCACAGGCGCAGCAUAAUUGAAGAACCCGUCACAUGUUUAUCCUCAUCGCCGUAGAAGACAACAUCCUUGACAAGCAUCCUACCGACCCCGUAUUAACUAAGGAUUAGAAGAGAAAGCACAGACGCCACGACACCCGUAUCCAGGUGGAUCAUCCUCCAGUCACUGUCAGGCUGUAUCAUCCCGCGUACUCAUCAGCAGAGCAGACCACCAGCAGGGUGGAAGAAUGUGGAAAGUUAAUUAAAAGAUUGCCGCCUAGCCUGGAAACUUUCCUCCAACGACGAGCACCCAGACGACACCAGCGGAGCGGAUCGAUUUCUCCCGCCUUACCUGUCGUUGUCAUUCUUGCAGUACCCAUAGGUGAUGGCCGAUGGGCGACCACGUAAUGAAGUAACAAGGGUGACAAAUUAAAAAGCUUCCCACGAGCAAAAAAUAAACCGAAGAGUGAAACAAAGCCCUUCAGAAGGGUGGAAAAUUCCAAUUUAUUGAAAAGCAAGAGCCCCAUGGAAGUGAGCUACUGAAUGUGCCGAAGGAUGUGUGGCUUUGUGGUGUAGCACGUUGGAAAUGUGAGUGCCGGUAGAAGAAUUCAUAGCAUCAAGUAAGGGUGAUUAAAUCAAGGGAAAUAUCCUAGAAGAGGUUUGAAGUUCGGGUGUUUUCUACCACAGGAAGAGUGCCCCCUAGCUGUAGUGUAGUGCGUAGUUGUAACAACGGCAGUAGUAGGAUAGGACGAGUGUGGAAAAAGUGUGUGUGUUCGUGCGGUUAGCCUCAUCGUUCUGUGGCAGGCGGGCAAUUGUCAAACGAAACGAUGACUGACAUACUGCGGAGCUGUGGCUGUUUCCAGCGAACUCGACGUGGUUCGAGUUUUGAGGAUUCCUCGUCCUGCCGGUCGUCGGAGAUCGAACGGGGCGGGGAAAUCACACCGCACAGUGGCAGCCUGCUCAAGUUGUUCACCUCUAAGGGAUGGUGCCGGCAGUGGAGGAAAACCGGCCGCGGCAUGAGCAUGACAAAGAUUGAACGGACGAUGAAGGCCGCUAUCCUGAUCCAGCGCUGGUACCGGCGGUUUCUGGCGCGAAUUGAAAUCCGCCGCCGCUACACGUGGACCAUCUUCCAGAGCAUCGAGUACGCCGGAGAGCAGGACCAAGUUCGGUUAUACAACUUUUUCAACGCACUGCUAACGCACAUUCCCGACACUGCCGGACGUCCCACCGGUUCGCAGGAAACCUCCCGGUCGUCAUCGAUUGAGGCCCUUGACAUGAAGUUCUCCGACGAAUCGGACGACUUGGCAGACGAGGGAAUCUGUGGCCCGGAGCGAAGCUAUCAGGGACCGCACAUCAAGUUCCCGCUGGACAAGAAGGAGCUGGAUGUGAUCAUCGAUCUGUUCCGGAAGAAGAAGAACCGACUGCACGCCAAGUAUGUGGCCGGAAUCCUGCGGGAAGCCACGUCGAAGCUUAAACGACUGCCAAACCUGAACCAAGCAUCGACGGCCAUUUCGAAACAGGUGACCAUCUGUGGAGAUCUGCACGGAAAGCUGGACGAUCUGCUGGUGGUGUUCCAUAAGAAUGGUCUCCCAUCGCCGGAGAACCCGUACGUUUUCAACGGUGACUUCGUGGACCGAGGCAAGAAGGGUUUGGAGGUGUUCUUGUUGCUGCUCUGUACGUUCCUAGUGUUUCCCGGCGGUGUCUUUCUGAACCGCGGAAACCACGAGGACACCGUCAUGAACGUUCGAUACGGUUUCGUGCGAGAGGUUCACCAAAAGUACAAACACAACGCCGAAAGACUGCUUAAGCUCAUCGACGAAGUCUACCGAUGGCUUCCGCUGGGUACGAUAGUUAACAACCGUGUGCUGGUGGUGCACGGCGGUAUAUCCGACUCCACCGAUCUCGAUCUCAUCCGUAGUCUAGACCGCGGAAAGUACAUUUCACUUCUGCGACCACCGAUCACCGAAAGUUCUGCCCCGGGAGCGGAAAUCAUCGACAAAGUAGAAUGGAAGCAGGUAUUCGACAUCCUCUGGAGCGACCCGCAACACAAUGAAGGCUGCCGGCCCAACUCGCUGCGAGGUGCCGGCACCUAUUUCGGUCCGGAUGUGACCAACAAGUUCCUACAACGAUACAAGCUGCAGUAUCUGGUUCGGUCGCACGAGUGCAAACCCGAUGGGCACGAAAUCAUGCACGGUGGCAAGGUCAUCACGAUAUUUUCCGCCUCAAACUAUUACGAAAUUGGCUCAAACAAGGGAGCGUACCUCAAGCUGGACCCGCAGCUGGAUACUCACUUUGUGAUGUACACGGCGGCGGCAUCGAAGACACGCAAACUGACCUUCCGGCAGCGCGUUGGACUGGUGGAAAGCUCGGCACUGCGGGAGCUGGCAGCACGGUUGCGUGAGCGGCGCAUGGAACUGGAGCGGGAGUUCACCUCCCGGGAUCCUCAGAAAACGGGUAUGCUCACCAUAACCAAGUGGUGCGAAGCAUUGGAAGCUGCCACCAACUUGGGUCUGCCGUGGCGAAUGCUGCGCGACAAGCUGGCCCCGGUAGAUAACCCAACCGCUUCCAGCACCACUGCCGUGUCGGAAGUCAGCUACCGCAAGACGCUGCACCUGCUGGAUACGGAUUCAUUUAAAUGCGCCCAGAAUGGAACGAUGUCGGUGGCGGAAUCGCUUUACAAGAACAAAAGCAGCCUGGAAGCGAUUUUCCGAAUUUUGGACAAGGACAACAGCGGGCAGAUUUCGCUGGAAGAGUUUGGCGAAGCGUGUGAUCUGCUGGAGAAGCACUUUCCACACAACACGCACGAACAGCUGCUGGAUAUGUGUCGGAUGAUGGACAUCAACAAGGACGGGUUGGUUGACUUGAAUGAGUUCUUGGAAACGUUCCGGUUGUGCGAGAAUGCCAAGGAACAACUGCUGGAGCAUCUGCAGGAGACGGCGCUGGCCAAGGAGGCAAAUGGCGAACAGACCGAUAAGGGUAAGAAGAAUGGGGAUGCCAAGCGUAAGGGGAAUAAGAAGAGAAGUAGUGGUAAAAAGAUUCUUGAUUCUUCUAAAAUAGCUGAAGAUUCGGAAGAUUAUGAAGAUUAUGAGGCGAAUGAGGAGAAUAAGGAGCAGAAGAAGUGUAGGGCAGCUGCGGCAGCGGCAGCAGCUUCAGCGAGUUCAGCGGCAUCGGCGGCCAGUGCCAAUGGUAUGGUAACUAGUGUUAGUGCCAAUAGCAAUGGGAACGUGGCAGAGGGAACCUAGGGAAGCUUGAUGGCAGUAGCGGUGGCCGAUCCGAGGGGCUUGGUGGUGGAGUAAGGGGAGCGAAGCUGAAUAUUAUGUGCUCACUGGUAUCAAUUUUGAAGUUCACAGAUGCGUGAAAUCGAAUCUCCCAAAUUAUCACCAAAGUUCCACCCCCAUCGUCCAACUUUCCCACCCCACAUUGCCCACAUUUUCAGCUAAUGUAAUUUAUUAUUUAGAAAUCACUUUCCCGCCCUCGCGUUUUUUCCACCAACUGGGACAAUAUUGCGCUGAGCUGCCGCCAUCAAACUUCCCGUUCACUGCGACAACCAUUAUCUACCCAUUCGCAAGAUAAGAAUCGCAAGGAAAUUCCAUUUUCCUUCCACUCUAGAGCUUCCUUCUUUCAAGCGAUCUCCCAAAGCAUAAUAGUGAAAAUAUUAUUACACGCUGCCUUGUGACGCACGAUGACUAUAAUUGGCUUUUCGACAAUUCCAGCGAUGGCCACUCGUCGGUUCUAAUUUUGCUAAUUAAUUGAAUCUAGCGUUUAUUCGUUUGAUAUUGUUUCACUUCUUAUGUUCUCGAGCCGUAAGAACUAGACCUUAUUGAAGUUUAUUGCCAGAUUCUGAGCAACUUGCUCGCUUGGUUUCUUUUCAAUAUCAAAUUACAAAUUUAAUUUCAUUUAGAAGGAAAAUGUGAUGAAACGUUACCCUCUCCAUUCGAUUAGGUCGAAGUCACAGAUUCAAGAUGAGAUGACUCGUAAGAGGGCGGAACAUUUUGAAACGAAGAAAAUACCGGGAUCAAUGACUGUUUCAGAUUGUUCAAAUAUCUUCUUCCCAGUUUGAUAACACAACUAAUCACAAAGAACAGAAGCAGAGCAAUAUCAUAUUACGAAUCAUAAGAAAAUUUAUAUAACCUUACAAAAUGUUGAUAGCAUCCAUUUUAAACGCAAAUUACCUAAUACGAAUCAAUGAAACCAAAGAAAUUUGUUCGCCAGGCGACAAGCAAAAUAUAAUCGAAAUUCAGCUUUAACUUAUAAAAACAAAUGUAGUCUUGAAAAGAUCACCAAACAAAUCCCAUACAGAGACGUUUUAAACAUGUUAAAAAAUUAUGAAAACCGAUAAACAAAUUCAAACAUCAUCUACGUGUACCAAGCAAACCGAUGGUUUCCCGAAGCAAACCUACAAAGAAGAAGAAAAAAAAACUGUUUUUGAUGUAAAAUUUAACUGAGAUCCACUUAUUGCUAAGCAAAUCAAGGCCAAUUUCUAUACCACUAUUUGUAUAUCAAAAAAAAAUCACCCCUUUCCUUCCUCUCGUGCACCCUCGUUUUCAAUCUCUUUGUCAAAUCCUGCUAUCGUAAAAAUUAAGAAACCCAUUAAAAUGAAUGUUUGUUAUUCGACAACAAAACAAAUAAAGUCACAUAAAUUGCCAAAGUAAUCGUAAACAUUUAGCUAAAUCGUGAAACUAUGUCAAAAGAACCAAAAGUAUGAAAUACUCACCGUUUGAUGUUUGCCGUUGAACGAAACGAAAAUCAUUAAAAAAAAACACAUUUAAAGAUAUUGUUUCUCUCUUGAGUUACGUCACACACACACCCAUAAAUUAAAUCGUUAAGUAUUGUUGUUAAGCCUGAUUGAAUAAAAGACUUUAAAGCGAUCGCUGCUAGGGAUGCUGAGACUAGUGAAAAAUUAAAAUUAUCAAUCUGUUGUACAUAACCUAUAUAGUUUAAUGCUUCUUCGAAAGAGUUUUUGUUGAAUGGGUGAGCGAGCGUUUGUUUUUGCUGGAUAUUUUUCCAUUGCCGAUAUUGUGAGAUUACAUAAAGACAAGAUUCGUUAACCAUGCGCUUUAAAUGCAGAAAAUAA